AUAAAUUACUAGUUGCGUUUACAUGAUAGCCGGGUUGGGACUUCACACCUCGCCAACCCGGGUAACCCUUCUCGAGACCCGGGUUGACCCGGGUUGGCUAGGUGUAAAGGUGUGAAAAUUGUGCUGAAUUCCUCAUGUAAACACGGGUUGGCUUGACCCGGGCUCGUGUAAAAUGCGGCUGGACUUUGGAAGCAAAUAUCCUGUCACACACGCAUAUCAUAUUGCAUUUAGCGCGCGUAACUUCUCUCCGCUAGUAUGGCAAGCAGAAGUAAAGCCGCUCGAACGGACAAAAAUGUCGCAAAAAAAACCCAACAGCCUCAGUUUCAGUGGUCGCCCAAAAUGGUCGAACACUUGAUAUUGUGUUUGAAACAAUAUAAGUCCGAGAUGGACUACAAGAACGUAGACUUUAACUCGGAUGUUGUGGCCAUGUAUUCCAGACUGCGAGAAGACAUGGCGCUAGCUUUUGACGCAGAAUAUUUUGGGCCAUGUGAUGUUCCCAUUCAAGAUAGCGACAUAGAGCUAACGAAGGAAGAAGAAACUGCGUUUCUGGCGGAAGUAACGAAAGCCAAAUCCCUAAUAUCCAAGGGAUAUAACCGAAUAAAAGAAAAAAUUCGGCAAAUCCGGAAGGCGUACAAUAACGCCGUUACCAAUGGCACGAGAUCUGGGUCAGGAAGAGUUGUUCAGGAAUAUUAUGAUGAAUUGGCCCAGAUUUGGAAAGGAAGCCCUGCAACGGAGCAACUUCAGUUUGGUAUAAGCUCCAACACCACUGAAAGUACUAGCACAUGCACCACACCCAACAGGGCCAGCACUAGUAGCACAUCACCCUCCACUGCAUCCAACACACCAUCACCUGAGGCAGAUCUUGAUACAUCACAAGACACUAUCGAAGGCACUCUACUAGAUGGUGAAAGCGAUGAAGAAAACGAUUUUGAACAGGCACCUGAGCCAAGAAAAAGGCCACUGUCAUCAACAGCAAGAAUAGUGGACAAUAAACGAAAGCAUCUUGAGAAACCACUUUCUGCUGCAAAAAGAGAUGAAGUUCUUCUCCGUGCAACAAAAGAAGAUAUUGCCUUAAAGAAGCAGCAUAUGACAAACAUGCAAGAAAGUCAAAAUGCCCUGAUGGAAAUGGCAAAAUCUAUGUCAGCAUCACUUAACACACUUGGGAAAAAUGUUAGUGAUGGCCUUGGUCUAUUGGCAAUGGCUCUGAACCCAAAUGUGAUGCAAAUGGCCCAUACAUUUGGAAAUAGGCCCAAUAACCCUCACCCGCCCAUCAAUCAACCAGGAUCACAAGAAUUUUAUCCCCCCAAUUUCCCUAAUCAACAGGAAAUGCAUGUGCCGCAGCAGCCUUAUAUGGGACAACAGCAAAUAAGUCAUGCGAACACAUCUAGAAUGCCAGCUGGCAGUAAUGAUGAAGCAAACUUCAUGCAGCAAAGGUUUCAGUAUGGACAAAACAACUUGCCAAGUUCAAAUGGAAAGACAUAUGAACAAUUAUAGAUGGAAACAUACGAAACAUUUUUAACUGCUAAUAUCGCUAGCCAAUUCUAUUCUAUUUCAUUUGCACACAUUUUAUUACUUCACAUGUUAUUAGUUUGCAUAAUCUUGGAAAGUUUAGUUCAUUAAAUCACAUUGAGGGGAGUCACUGAGGGCACAAGGGAAUAAUUGUAAU